AAACUUAUUAAAUAGAUCAAUAUGGUUCACGAAGAAGACAGUGUAGGUGCUGAUAGUUUCUACCUGCGCUACUAUGUCGGCCACAAGGGCAAGUUCGGCCACGAGUUCCUAGAGUUCGAGUUCAGACCGGACGGCAAAUUGAGGUAUGCAAACAACUCCAACUACAAGAAGGACACAAUGAUCAGGAAGGAGUGUGUAGUUAGCAAAGCUGUACUUGAGAAACUCAGAAACAUGAUAAUGGACAGUGAAAUUAUGAAGGAAGAUGACGAACAGUGGCCUCAGCCGGACAGAGUGGGCAGACAGGAGCUGGAGAUAGUGAUGGAGAAGGAGCACAUCUGCUUCACUACUUCUAAGAUCAACUCACUAGUCGACUGUACCCAAUGUCAGGAUGCAGAGGGACUGAGGGCCUUCUACUAUCUCGUACAGGACUUGAAGUGCUUUGUCUUUGCUCUUAUUGGCAUGCACUUCAAAAUAAAACCCAUCUAAUCACCCUGUACAUCAAUGAACGAUCUAGAGUAAUAAUAAGACAACCAGUUCAUUAACAGCGAUGCACUGCAUUAGUGUCUUUUUGUGAAAAUCUGAACUGUUCGUUGAGAAAGAGGAAUAGAUUUCUCUCUAUUCAUGUAUCUCAAAACUGGAACUUUGUCUUUGCAUCCGUAAACUAUAUUCGGAUCAUGUUGAAAGGUGCGGUAAAUUAUGGUAGUUUGAGAUUUUCCCUUUUAUCUUGUUUUUUUUUGUAAAGUCUGUGAAUUCAAUUUUGUUGUUCAA